AUGGCGCUGCCUCCGCAUCUACGAGCCCACAUUCAACGUCGUCAGCUCGGAAUCGACAACAUGGACGCUGAAAUGGACGUUGGAAGUCUCGUCAACCGCCUGAACGAGAACGAAUCCCAAGUGCGAGCCCUCACUGUAAGUCCCUCCGCUAGCACCAAGCUCGACCCCGUCUCCCUCCUCUUCCACCUCAGUCCACCGAGGCACGCCCCUGGGAUGCCUUGCAGUCAAGAACACAAUCUUGACCAGAGUCGACUACAGGAGCAGAUCGACCGCUCCGGCCGUCGAAUCGGUCGUGGUAACGGCGGCGACAAGCAACAGGCCUGGAAGGAUCUCGCUUCCUCGCUCAAUGCCAUGAAGCUCACGGCUACGGCUGCGCUGGACCUCCUCGAGCAGCGGAUGGAGCCUGAGCCCGAGACCCUACUGGCCGACUACACCACUGCCAGACUGGAACGUCGCCGUGUAAAGGCUUCGACUCAGCAUCAAGGCGGCUCUCCUUCUCGCAAAGCCGCCGGCCGAGCGACUUCUUCGUCUUAUCCCCCGCACUGGAAGCCCGAUCCCCAGUUUACUCGCUCCGGCUUCAACGCAGCCGACGACCCCUUCGUGGACGGAAACACCUCGCCAGCGCUACCCACCCUAUGUGGCAGCCCAUCCCCUCCCGCCUACUUGGACGAUGACAGCAUGGCGAGCACCUUGGCCCUGACGCCGACCUCCGGCCCUGAGGUUCACCACAUCGAGAACGCGUCUGAGAGCUUCCUGAACCUGUCGUAUCAUCCGGAAAUAACUCAGCUGACCUGGCCCAGAGUCGCCUACAUCGUCGAGUCCUCGCCCGCGUCCUCGGACCUCACCACGGACUCGCAGGCGUUGACGCGCGGCAGCCGCCGUGUCCUCCUCGGCAACUUGCCCCCCGACGCCACGGCCGCGCAAGUUCUCCGCAGCGUCCGCUGCUACGGCGGCGUCAUCAGUGCCGUCAUUCUCCCUAGCACUUCGUCCCCUGUGGCGGGACUGACCGAGAUGGCCACGGCCAUGAUUGAGUUUGUGUACUCGACGUCUGCGGCAGGCUUUGUCGAGGUCUUCAACAAGAACAGCCAUCAGGUCACGUUCAAGGACGCUCACGGACGGCCUUACGCGGUCCGCGCUUGGCUCGCCCCCUCGCACUCGUACCCCAUCCGUCCGGCGGACCGGCAGCUUCUCGAACGGGGCGCCACGCGGGCGGUCAAGAUCGCGCCCGUGGCGGAGGACACGGUCUGGCUGGUCGUCACCGAAGCACAGUACUGCCUGGCAGACAAGGCCGUCACCAUCGAGUUUGCGUCCAUCUUCGAGGCCGAGCGCGCGCGAGCUCUGCUGCAGGCCCGACGCUCGUGGAUCGGCGACGAGGACCCCAGCGCGUGGCUGACCAUCUGCUUCGUGCCCGACUCUUGUCAGGGAGAGGUGCUCGCGCGAGGACUGAACAGCGCGGGUCCCGUGGAGCACGUCUACCCCGACCACAUCUCCCGCAUGUGGAACUGCCACCCCUACAACCAGCGCGUCCUCAACUUCAACCCCUCCGCCGACAACGCCGGCGCCGCGCCCGCCACGACCCCCCGUCGAAGCAAGCCCCUGGACAAGGCCACCAUCGCCGGCUUCCUCGACCUCGAGCCCGAAGAGCUCUCCCCGUUCCUCGAGUCGCGCGCUAACUGGAAGGGCGACAUCACGUACGGCAUCAUCGGCAGCACGGCCAAGCUCAUCCGCCGCGCCUGGGGCUGGCGCCUGACCGCCGAGGACGACGACAAGAUCCUCAUGGCGCACACGCUGCACGACCCGGAGUGGGCGGACAUCUGGGACGACCACUUCGAGGCCCGCGGCGAGCCCAACCUGCGCACGUGGGAGCGCUACGGCGCGCUGGCGAGGCACCGCCGCGAGAGGGCCGCGCAGAUGGGCGUCGAGGAGUGGCGCGUCGUGCCCUGCGCGGGCGGCGAGUGCGAAUGGGCCUGCGGCACGAUGAAGACGGCCAAGGUCGUGACGGACUACCUCAAGAAGGCGAGGGCGUUCAGGCGGGCUCCGUUUGGAGAGUCGGACGACGAGGAGUAG